CAUUCAUCCUUAAAUAUUUGCUAAUACUAUUGACUAAAGUGGCAGUUGGCAAUAAUUGUGUGUGCUAUGUGGCAAGCAGUACUAACCUGUUAGUUACUUGCCAGAGGAACACAAUGGAAAUAAGUUGUAUAAGUGUUAACCUCAUAUUAUAUCAGGGUUUAUGUUAGGAGCCUAUCAUUACCCCUUAAGGUCGAAGGAUUGUAUCUUAUUUUCAGAGGUAGACUGGCUCUGGCAGCUAAAACAGCCAAAUACCCUUAUCUAAACGUGAUCGAUUAUUAAUUGCGAUUUGGUUCUAGAAAUAUAAAGCCCUUUACUUUCAUGUCACAUCAAAAAUCAUUUUACAAAUGCUAAUUAUACUGUACACUGUUUUAUCCGGCUUUAUCACAGUUGCAGCCAACAGUAUUUUUCAUUGACGACACGUUUCUGGCGGCCUUCUUCCGUUACACACAGGUGUUCGGAGCAUGCUAGUAAGCACAGGGUGGCCGUUUGUCUACCGUAAACACUCGCUGUAACAUGGAGAUAAGACCGUGUGGGAAGACUAACCCUAUCUUUUUAUUUCUCAACUGGUAAUUGAAGCGAGCUUGCCAUUCAGGUGCAUAGACAACUAGGCAGCUUCAGCGCGUCACACACCACUUUGCAAUGAACUGGAGGCAGUAUGGAUUUUGAAAACAAAUACUUAAUUGUUUGAAACCUUAACGUCUUACUACAUAUUAUGAGGCAUGUCUUUCCUUGCUUCAAAGUACCCUAGCCAAAAUUCAAACAAACGUGCAGCACCAUGUGUGGACGCUCUAACCAGGUUACGCACCUAACUGCGUAUGGAUCCGUUAAAUUGAUUAAAUGUCCGGGAUGAUGUGGAUGCGUCAGUUCUCUGAGGUGGACGUGAACCUCAGGCACACGUGCGAGCAGGGCGACAGGCUGCAGGGCUAUGGCUGGCUGAUGCAUGAUGGCCUCAGCUUUGGUGUGCAGGAAAUCCACGACAGCGACUUUACGCUCACCACAGAGUUUGUCAAGCGGAUGGGCGGUGAGCACGGAGGGGACUGGACCUGGAGGAUUACAGCCAAGCAGCAUAGUUCGGCUCCCCACGCGCCGGUCAUCUCCCUGAUGUUCUACGCUGCUGCAGACACCCAGGGUUACCUGGAGGCCCAUGUGGAAGAGAGGAACCGUCUAGGUUCCAUCACUGGGUUCUCAGAGGAGCUGGGGAAUUUCAAGAUCACCUUCCGCAAGCCUGUCGCUGGGGAGUCCUCCAGUGCCAAAUAUGCCAGCUACAACUACCUCCAGACCAUGUCGCCAGGCUUGGAGAGGCUGACGGACAUUGUGAGGAACAGCUUGAACCGCAGAUUCGUCUACAGCCACCCCUCUGGCGAGAAGAGGCAGUACAUUGCGGUGGACACCUACAAACCCCAGCACCAGCCGAAAUCAGCCGACCCCAGAAAGGAGAGCGACUUUGUCCUGCACCAGGUCACCGUCCAGACGCCCUUCCAGAUUGAGGUCCUGUUCGAGUCUGGUAGCUUCCGCGAUCGUCCCAACCAGCUGUCAGCGGCGGCCAUGACAGAGGAGCUGGAGAAGAGGAAGGCGGCGUUCGACGCCAAGUUCGAGAAGACGUUCGGCCUCCAGGCCAAAGGCUUGGGCCAGGCCCAGGUGAAGUUCAGCAAGGCGGCGCUGAGCAACAUGCUGGGCGGGAUGGGUUACUUCUACGGCCAGUCGGUGGUCCAGUCGGUGUACAAUGAGUACCCACUGCUCUACCCCGAGGGUGCCCUGUUCACCGCCGUGCCCUCGCGUUCCUUCUUCCCCCGGGGGUUCCUGUGGGACGAAGGCUUCCACCAGCUGCUGCUCAGCAAGUGGGACCCCCAGGUGACGCGGGAGGCCACGGCUCACUGGUUGGACCUGGUCAAUAUGGAGGGAUGGAUUCCCCGGGAGCAGAUCCUUGGCGACGAGGCGCGCAGCAAGGUUCCUGCCGAGUUUGUGGUGCAGCACAAUGAGAACGCCAACCCGCCCACCCUCUUCUUGGCCCUGCAGAAGCUAGUGGAGCAGCUCCAAGCCAACCCGGACGCAGAGUCCUCACGGCCCACCCUGCCCUUCCUCCGCAGGCUCUACCCCCGGCUCCAGACGUGGUUUGAGUGGUACAACACCACCCAGACAGGCCCGCUGCCCAACUCCUACCGCUGGCGGGGCCGUGACAAGGACACCAACCUCUUCCUCAAUCCCAAGACGCUGACAUCCGGCCUGGAUGACUAUCCGCGGGCCUCGCAUCCAUCAGCUGAGGAGCGCCACGUGGACCUGCACUGCUGGAUGGCCCUGGCGUCAGGCACCAUGGCCAGUGUAGCCCGGCUGCUGGGAGAGCCACACCAGGAGUACGAGCGCACCCACCAGACGCUCAGCGACAACACACUGCUGGACGAGCUGCACUGGUCAGACCAGCUUCGCUCCUUCAGCGACUAUGGAAACCACACGCAGGCGGUGUCGCUGCAGCAGGAGAAGGUGUACGUGCCCCCAGGGCAGCCGAGGCACCAGUUUCCCGUGGCGCGCCUGGUGCGCUCGGUCCGCCGGGCCCCCAAGCCGCAGUUCGUGAAUGCUUUGGGCUACAUCAGCCUAUUCCCCUUCCUGCUGCACGUCCUAACGCCCGACUCGCCCAAGCUAGAGCACAUCUUCAGAGACAUGAGGGACGCGGACAAGCUGUGGACGCCCUACGGCCUGCGCUCUCUGUCCAGGGCCGACCCACUCUACAUGAAACGCAACACGGAGCACGAUGCCCCCUACUGGCGGGGCCCCAUAUGGAUCAACAUUAACUACCUGGCUGUCAGGGCCCUGCACCACUAUGGCAACACUGAGGGGCCAUAUCAGGAGAAGGCGGCCACCCUCUACCAGGAACUCAGAAGUAAUAUCAUGAACAAUGUUUACAGACAGUAUGCAGAAACUGGGUAUAUAUGGGAACAGUACAAUGACAGCACGGGCAGUGGGCAAGGGAGCCACCCCUUCACCGGCUGGUCGGCACUAACUGUUUUGAUAAUGGCUGAGCAGUAUUGACACUGAUGCAAAAAAAUAUAUAUCUUGCUUUUUGUAAGAUGUUCUCUUAAAAUGUGCCAUUUUUACUCCCUCCAUCUGUCUCCUUAAUGCCAACAGAUGUUAGGUCUAUGAUUUUAAGAUUUUCUUAAAUAAUAUGAUUUUCUCAAAUGAUAACUAAAGAACUCCAAUGUUCCAAUUCUUCACCUUUGGCUGUCUCAUUGAGUGUUUGUACAAAGCCCAUACCCCAAAGAACGCAUGAAAGGUUAUUUUUGACUACCCCAUAUACUUCUCAAUGAACUCCCCAAGUGCCGCCUGACUGAGAGAAGUCUGUCUGAUGGCAGAAACCUUUUAAGAACUAUAGUAACAAUAGUAGUAGCAAAAGAAUAGUCUUGACAUAAAUCAUUCAAAUGGUAUCAUAUCAAGACUACCGCAGGAACUAAUGCACUUUUCAAAGUCAAUCAUUCAAGUGUUGUUUUUUUUUGUCUCCGCAGAUGUUUUCUGUUGAACAAAAUAAUACUUGUAUUGAGAAAUAGUGUAUUCAGUCUUAAAAUAUUUGAUCCCUAGGUUAAUUUUGUUUCGGGUUGCUUUGUCCUGUCAUACAAUCUCAUUUAAGCCCGUAUAAAAUUGAGAGAUACUUUUUGAUGUCGUCAAAUGUUUUGCUGCGAACAAACGGUUUCCUGUUAAUUUUAUCAAUGCAAAACAAGACGAAGAUGUAUUGUAUCUCCACUGGUAGCAGAUACCCUGAGUGGCACAGAAUAACAUGACUAACUUCAUUGUGUUGGUUUGUUACAUCUUCAGUGGAAAGAACAAUAAAUAUGUCAAACCCUUA